CAAAGCGACGCCGUGGCGUGGCGCGUCAGUCGCAGAAGCUUGCCAAAAUGAAGAUGGCUGAUAGUGCUGCUGUUCUUCGGCGGAAUCGCCCUGGAACAAAAGCGGAGAACUUUUCGAACUGGCCAGAAGAGCCAUUUGAAGAAAUGGACAGCACACUUGCAGUGCAACAGUUCAUACAACAAGCCAUCCGGAAGGAUCCUACAAAUGUGGAUGGGAUCUUGACCCCGCCUGAUGGUCAGGACGAAGGAGUAUGGAAAUAUGAGCACUUGCGGCAAUUCUGUAUGGAACUUAAUGGACUUGCAGUUAAGCUGCAGGUAUGUGAGGCCGAAUGCAAUGCAGAGACCUGCACUCAAAUGACUGCCACGGAGCAGUGGAUCUUCCUCUGUGCGGCUCACAAGACCCCGAAAGAGUGCCCAGCCAUCGAUUACACGCGACACACGCUCGACGGUGCAGCUUGUCUCCUCAAUAGCAAUAAAUACUUCCCUAGUCGAGUAAGCAUCAAAGAGUCGUCUGUAGCUAAACUGGGUUCCGUCUGCCGACGAGUUUACCGGAUAUUUUCUCACGCCUAUUUUCACCAUAGAGCUAUCUUUGAUGACUUUGAGAAGGACACCUGCCUGUGUCGUCGAUUCACUAUAUUUGUCACAAAGUACAACCUGAUGUCCAAGGACAACCUCAUAGUCCCCAUCCUUGAAGAAGAUGGCCCUGCCGGAGAAAGUGAAGCGUAACGGAUUACUUGGAAAUGAAUUACUAUCACCCCUUAUUUUAUUCUCACCUGCUUCAUUGCCCAUACAUUGGCUUUGCCUUCUCCCCGUGGUCCACCAGCCUGCCCAACGUUGCUUGCAGCCUUUUCUUUCCUGUUCCGAUCAAUUUACAAAGUCUUUUCUGAAAGCACUUGUGCCCUUUUUGUCAAGUACGAGGUGUAUCUAGGAAGUGAGUUUUGAUUGGCUGGAAAAAAAAAAUGAAAACUUGCUUUCAAAAUAUUUCGUUGUUGCCGGGUUUCACAUAUCUUGAACUACCUAUAUAUUUCUAUGCAAUUUCCACCGUUAUGGAGACUCGUGACAUGGCUAAAGCCCCUGGCUUUCUGCGGUGGAAAAUUUAAGGGGCUGAGAAACCAAAUGCAACCCACUAAACGUAUGGCAUUGUUUCAUACAUUGUAGUCCAUGGUGCCGACACAUUGCCGACCGUUUGCCGACAUGCAAACUCCCACAUUCCUCACCCGAACUUUUUUUUUUACUGUCGGGUUUUUAAAACAGCAAUUUCUUCGAGCCACCAUCGAUGGUGGCACCUGAACACCGCUCGGAGAAGUUUGCAGACGAACAGGAAGUGAUGUUUUAGGUGUGCAUGUUUGCCCAAAGUUCCCGGAAGAAGCCGGUCUGGUGGCCAUCUCCCUCUUUACAACCGCUUGCGUCGUCAUGGAAACGGAAAAGAAUGCGCUUCCUUUCUUCAACAUGAGACGUAAACGAUCGAGGAGGUCAGGAGUUGAGAGCAAUGGAAGAGAUCGCCCAGCGCGUGGCCUUCAAACUGCCACAGCUUUGUAACGCGAGACUGCAGAGACAUAGCGCCUUGAUGUGCAUGUUCAAUAUGCAUAGAGUUAUAUUUACUAGCUGAUUUCUUCAAAAGUUUGGAAAUGGUUUCAGAACCCCCUUUAACAUUUCCGCGAAAGUGGGACUUGCAGAUCUGCCGACAAGAGAAAAAGAAACAAAAAAAAAAAUGUUGCAGCAUUCUCCCAAGAUUGCUUACCGACUCGUCCUGUGCGCUUUUCCAGCCUUUUGUAACAUUUCAGGGACAAAGAAAAUUAGACUCAAAUUCUGACAGUUCUCUCCUGGCGUUCCAGUCAUUGAAUUUUGUUUCAUUCUGGCACAUUCACCCGUGUAAGCAUUUUCAGUGGUGUUAGGCAUUGCAGGUGUGACUGAUUGGGUUUAACUCGUGAAAAUGUCGCUGAAUGUGCUGAAAUCCUUCCACAAUUAAGAUAUUGAAUAUUUAGUGAAAAAAACUGACGAUUCUGAGGGAAACAGCAGGUUCCGCUCGACAUGGCCACUUCAACAAAAUCUCGCGGAAAGCUAGGGGUUCUAGUCAUGGCGGGGGUACAAGUUUUUGCAUCCCCGCAUCGUAGCAUGAUGGAACUGAAGUAUGAUGGGCUAGUUCCCAAAGUGUCACGUAACCUCUUGUCUUCUUUUUCAUCCUUGAGAAAAUGUUUUUGCCAUCUGUUCUCACAGACUGUCCGAGAGCUGUCCCUUCGAUCACACGCAGCAAAUAUGACAGGCCGCUCCAUUGCCUCAUACGUUUUGAAUACAAAGAAAGAUGCAUGAGCUGCAUCUUGAACAACACCUGCGACUGACCAGUUGACAAAUGAACUGGCUUGCGUCUCCACAACGGUGACCGCAGUCCGGCAGAAGCCAAUGUUUGCAGACUGAACUUACUUUCUGGAUGCACCUCAUACGAAAGGGGAAACGAGGCCUGCAAGCAUAAUCCGGCUGCUCGGGGCGCCUUGUACAUCGUUGCAUUUUUCCGUCACAGACUGUAGUGGGAUAAAAUUCCAAUGUUUCUCCAAAUGAAUUUAUAUUUAUGCAGUUGCUCACGUCAAGUUGCUUAUUUUGGGUGAGCAAAUGCUACGGCUGCUCUAGCUCCAAAUUAGGGAUGCUGGGCUGCAAACGCUACCAAAAACGGGCGGACCAACUUGGUCAUUGUGUCACGCAAUUUGUUGGUCCUGCGACGGAGGGAAGGAAAGCAAGAUGUAGCUGGUGGCAAGCACCUCGUUUGUAUUUGUUACAAAUGCAAAAAUUUUGCUGUUAAUAAUGGUAUAAGUUGUGAUCUGUACAUAUGUUCUUGUUCUUUUCUUUUUUUUUUUCCUGACAGCUUAAAUGUUUUAGCUGUCUCUGUUCCCCAUUUUUUAGGUAAAAUGCUCCGACUUUUUGUCACAUUUCAUUUACCAUGAGGCGUCCGGCACUUAAAAAGGCCCAGAAUAUAGAAGUAUAAAAUAAAAGUACUAUGUAAAAAGU